GAAUAUCUUGAGUCUGACCGAUUUACCCCGAGUGCGACGUUUGCCUUUAUGCAGGGAGGUCGUGGAUCUUGAUUUAGCAAGAGCAGUCCUGAGUGAGGCUCUCAAUUGUGCAAGCACAAGAGGGGAGCCUGGAGGUAUGUGCGAAAUUGAUAUCCUGACGCCGUUCUUUGAGAAUAUCAACUCCUGGUGCAAGCUGACAGUUCUUGUUAUGCUGUCUUCCGAGUCAUGGCAACAAAAGAUGUCGUGUCAGGCCGACUUAUCGGAGCACGUAUUUGAACUAUUGAGGCCUACGAGACCUGGCUAUUUUAGUUUUUGCCAGCUCCUAGACAACCUCUGUGGUACUAUUCAAGUGUUUGAAUGGCUUCAUGGGAUAGAUUUUGAUCCAUUCCGCCAAUUCUUCAAAAUACAAUGGCGAUCGCAGAGGUUCUUAUACGACAAAACCAGAAGCCCGAUAUUUUUCUCAGUCAACUCUCUUUUCCAUAUGGAAAGGGAUUCCCGAUGCGAGUAUAACGGUGAUGACUCCACCCCCGAAGAUGAUGAGUUUGAAGGAACAAUUAUCGAGAUUGCGGCGCAGUUAGGAUGGCACCACCUCACAAUCCUGGCUUUCCUCAUCGACCAUGGUUCAGGGUUGUUCAAUCUAUCUGCAGUCCUCCAUUUAUUCUCCGGAAUGUGGUCACCGAUUGCUACUUUCUCCAGAGAAACCUUAUAUCCAGGCGUACAAGGUCCUUUUCCCGAUGAAAACGUUGUUCUUCGAAAGCUUCUACGAUUAGGAGCCGACCCUGACCUUACUUUAUACCGUCUCACGCCAUUGCAAAUAGCCACCGCGUGGUCGGAUGACGCUAAAGUAAGGAUCUUGUUGGAAUAUGGAGCUGAUCCUCACAUGAUUGGCAGUGUGGAUGGAUAUUCUUGGAGUUAUGAGAGCUUCAUGCUCUAUUGUAAUAAAAGGAUCCUCCCCCUAUAUAACAUCAGACCGCUUGAGAUUUGCAGGUCGGCUUUAGGAGAUCGUGCGGGCUGCUGGUGGUUGUGGUGGGAGACUCGCACUGACCGAAGUAUCGAGGGUAUCCUCUUGAGCUAUGAUAUUUAGGAUGAUGUGAAAGGGGCCACUUGACUUGGUCCGGCUUGGUAGUAAAAUAGUUUAGCACUCUCCACGGUCAACAACCUAGGUCUCUGUCAUAAAAUUAUAAGUACCCUAUAUGACGCGCUCGUCGCCAAGCUCACGAGGACGGUACGGCGCUAUACUAGGACUUGGAAUCUAGCUCGCCGCUCGCAAACCCGGCCUCUAACGCUUGUAUAGUAGUCGGCAACACAUAGGCCACCGAGAGCUAUAACCGGCUAGCACUACGCGACGACUUUACGGACUGC